CGAUAGUUAAAAAAGGCAUUUUAAUAUCGAUAAGUCGAUAUAUAUAUUUAUUUUUGCACAUCCCUAUUGGCUUUUAUUGGAAAAAUGAAUAUUUUACCAAAAAAACGCUGGCAUGUGCGUACCAAGGAUAACAUUGCCCGCGUGCGCCGGGAUCAGGCAGCAGCCGCAGCCGAGGAGAAGAUACGACAGGACAAGUUGGAAUUUGCUGAAAGCGAGGCCCGCAUAAACUUUCUGCGCCGCCAGUCGGGGCUCCCGGAAAAGGUCUCGGCCGCGCAGGCUUCCGCCCCCCAGAAUCACGAUGCCAACGCUGGACAAACCACGGGAGUGGACCUCUUUGCGGAUUACAGGAGCCACGUAAAGACGACCAACAAGGAUUUGGAGAAGGAGCAGAAGGAGGAGCAGGAGAAGUACGAGAAGCAGGUCGGCUACCUCACCUAUCUAGGCCAGGAUACCAAUGAGGCUCUGAAAGUGCGCAGCUGGUAUGAGGUGGCUCCCAAGAGGACAGACGUGGGUAAUACCAGUGCCGCUGAGAGCCAUCUGAAGCAGAAGUUGGCUCACGAUCCCCUCACCUUGAUCAAUGCUCUUCUUCCGCCCACAAAAAAAGAACCAAGAAGGACGAACAAAAGAAAACGUGAAAGGACUCCCUCUCCUCAGCCACCACCACCCACACCCACCUCGGCCUCCUCCCAUAAGGUCAAUAAGCAGAAGAAAAGGAAGCAACCUAAGUCGACCGAGAGGAAGGACAAAAAACAAAACAGCUUAAGUCGCGUAUCGGAGGCCGAGGAAACUAAGGAAGCAGAGCGCUGCAAACGCGAGAAGCUGGAGAUGUUGAGGAAGGAGCGACUGCGAAGAGAGGCAGCCGAGCGCCAGCGCUCUGAGGCUCUUUUCGCUCCCAAAGAAGCGGCGGCGGCACCCAGUGCAGCAUCUACACCAGCUCCAACGCCUAGAAUCGUACAGAAAUACAAUAGCCAAUUUAAUCCGGAGCUCGCCAAACAAAAUAUGAUUUGAAAUAAAAAUCGCUCUAUUUA